GAGCUCAGUGUGCAUUUCUUCAGCUGAUACUCUGCUCUCCUUCCAGCCUUUUGGUAAAACAGGAAGCUCUGUUGUCACGUUUUGGACUUCUGGACAUUUAAACUUGAGUGCUAGAAGGCUUUUUCCCCUUCAACUUAUGAGGAGACAUAAACAAAGGAGAUUACCUUAGUUUUUUAUUUUAUGCGAACCUUCUGCAGUCCUAUAGACUAUUCCCUGCGGUGGGGUAGAUCUGGGGGUGUUGGGCUUCUGAGUGUCUACAUCAGUGUAGCGUUUUGUCUGGAUGCCCCACGAUUAUCCUGAGGCUGCAGUUCCUCCUCCGGCCUGCAGGGCGGCAGCAGAGAUCAACGGCCGGCCGCUGGACAGGCAGAGCAUUGGCAUGAGCGACUUCUGGCACAAGAUGGGUUGCUGCGUGGUGGCGAAACCCCCGCCGAAGAAGAGGAGGAGGAAGAUCGACCGCAGUAUGAUCGGAGAGCCGACGAACUUCAUCCACCUCACACACAUCGGUUCUGGAGAGAUGGCAGAGGGCAUGCAUCCGUCUGGGUCUGUUCAGGAGCAGAUGAGGUCCAAAGGCCAGAACAUGAAUGGCAGGAACAGCUUGUUAUAGCCGGCUUGUGUUAGAAUGACUCAGACCAGCAGACUGACCUCCACGCUCCGAACCCCUGAGCCUCCUCCAACAUCCAGCUGAAGGCAUUAACUAAUGAUUUGCCUUUCUGAAGUGUCUGAGCAAAAGUGGAACCCCUUUAAACCUCUUUUUUGGGAAUGUUAAAUGAUAAAACUAAGUUAGUUUAGUUUAACAAAAAUCCUGUCACAAGUCCAGACCUUCGUUUUUCAGUUUUUUUCUGGUCCAGUUUCCCUACAGAUCAAGAUGUGGUUCCCUAUAACAGGGUUAGGGAUUCCGUCAGAUCUUUAUUUACUUUUAUAUUUUACCAGAAAUUUAAGCAGCAGGAGACGUUUCAUUAUGAAAAUUAAAAUGGAGAAUGAACAUUAAGAUCUGAGAAACAUCUCGGGUUUCUCUCAUCAGUAUUAAAUUUUAUUUAUAUAAGAUGACGUCGCUGCACUCUCUUUACCAGCAUCCUCAACUUAUCACAGUAUAGAUUACAGAAAGUUUGCAUUUAGAAAACAAAAAGAAA